UUUCCCCUUGCUAUGCGUUACUGAAUUAGAGAUUGUCACCGGCACGCACGAAAAUGAUAUGCAUGUAAGGUGGAAUGAUCUUUCUGUAGAUAAGCCUCUUCUUGACAUCUUACGAAUGGUGCUAAUGUUGGGUUACUGCCGAUUGACAUUUAUUAUCGUGCUUUUGAACCAGUUUGUGGAAAAUAUCAAAAUUUAAUUGUGAAUGUUGAUGAUUUCAAAGUAAUUCGAGAGAUAGUACUGAAAAAUGUAUCGUGCCAAAUUAGUAUCUAUUCAUCAUUUGGAAAGAUAAACUUCAACAUUAGAUACUAAUUAUUGUUACUAACUUUUGACAUUGGUACUACUUAGUUGGCUAAGAUUUACGUAGUAGAAAUCUUGAGAAAAAACAAAAAACAUUAUUAAUAAAAGAAUAACUUUUCUAAUUUACCAAAGUUUAAAGGAUUAACCUAUGCAAACUAUGUUAUUGGAAAUGCAACCAUGAAAUUACUUACAUCAAAAAUUAAAAUUUAAAUUGAGGUCUGUAGCUAAGAGCUCCUCUUCUUUGGCUUGAUGAAACCUUUAACACAAUGGAAAUUGCCGAACUGUUUAAUCAGCUUGAAUCAAAUCAGCCUCAUACCGUUGAAGAGAUCAAAAAAACCUUUCAUGAGAAUUUUAAUGCAACCAAAGAAUCAUGGCUUGUCAAUGGAUUAUUCGAUUACUAUGUAUCAACCAGUUCUAUGCGUUCUGUUGAAAUUCUAGUUGGCGUGAGAGAACCUCAUGAUAAACAUCUUUUUGACAAGAUUACUGAUACAUUGAAAGGCCCUUUAAAACUUCAGGCUUUAACUUUAUUGGGUCAUAUUGUGAGAAGACGGCCAACAUGGGUGUACAAAAUUACUCAGCAUCAAAUUAUGAAGGAGCUGUUAAAGCUUCUUAAGGCUGAGAGUGAUAUUCUUUGUCUUAUGAGUGCUGUCUUAGUUUUGAUUGUUCUUCUUCCUAUGAUACCUGCUUUAAUGGGCCCUUAUCUUCAAGAUGUUUUCGAAGUGUUUAGUCGCUUGGCCUCCUGGAAUACCAACAAUCCAACUAAGCUUCCUGAGGAGCAUCUGUUGCAUCUUCAAGUGAGCCUCUAUGCUUUGUUUCACCGGCUGUAUGGAAUGUAUCCAUGUAACUUCAUAUCCUUCCUUCGUAAUGAGUAUGGCAUGCGUGAACACCUGGGAAUAUUCAGUCAUACCAUCAAGCCAAUGCUGGAGACGGUCAGGAUGCACCCUCUGCUGGUAACAGCUUCUAAGGACGCAGAGACAGCCACUACAAGAUGGAAGAAAAUGGAAGAUCAUGAUGUCAUUGUGGAAUGUGCCAAAUAUGCUAUUGAUUCAAUGGAGAAGUCACGAGAAGAAGGAUCAUUUCAGAGUAUAAACACCUCAUUUCGAUCCAGAGGGAGUAUAGAACAUGGAGUUGCUUUAGAUCUCUCUUAUGUGCAUCAUUUGAAAAGCAGUCUACCUACUAGUGCUGCAUCUAGCUUCUUAAGUUCUCAUCUACCCAUUGACCAAGACUUAUGGAGCCCUAGUAUCUUUUCAGGACUUUCAACUCCUCCUGUUGAAGAAUCGGCUCCCACUUCCAUUCCACAAACACCAAAUUCUCAGAAUUUCAUUGUGAGUACUUCAUUACCACAUCAGGAAGGCACUUCUCCCCCUGAAGCUGCUAUAGAAGCUACUCCUGAAACUACUCCUGUCAAGGAUAUCAGGCACUUGACUCCACGUCAUCCGCCAGUCACUUCUAGUGCGGUGCGUGCACUGACUACCUUUAGCAGUGGCAAGUGGCAGGGUAUAACUUCUGGCAGUUCCACCCCCCAGUCCCAGCCAUCGUCUCCCAUGAAGAAGGAGCUCUCUCCCUUCCGUUUCCCAGACAACACUGCAUUUGAACAGCCUCGUCGGGAUUCUGUAUCUUCAGUUAUUGCUCAAAAAUUGAACAAUGUUCAUAUGGACAGGCAGGUGAUAUCUGACAUGCAUAUGGCUGAUAGCAGGCCUACUUUGAGCUUGAGGCCCAAAACCCCUGGCCAGCCUACCAGUCCUCUUCGCAUUAUCACUCAAAACGACUACAGCAUUCCCAAUAGCCCUGUUCCUGUGGACACUAUUAUUCCUUUGCCUGGCGGGGUCAUAACCAAACCGCUGGUUGAGAAGAAUGGCUUCCGCUUGGAGAGCAGCGAGCCUGUGCCUGUGCCUGCUCAAAUGCAUGGCGAGGGUGGAGCAAGCCAGGAGGACCAGGAGGUGCUGGAGAUAGUGAAACUGGGCGAGCAGCUGAGGAUAGACACACAGCCCAAGCAUGUAGGAGUAAGUAAUGAGGUGAGGCAGUGUGACAGUGUUCUUCAGGAGGUUCAUCCUCCUCAUGUGGGGGAUUAUGAAGAGUGUGAACAAGAAACAGGGUCGCCAUGCACCUCAGGAGGAUUGCACAUGCCAAAUAGCCGUUCAAUGCUUGAUUUUGCAAGACGUGUCCACCAUAGGCAAAGGUUUUACAGUCAGUGUUUGCCAGAGUCAGGCAACGAAGGUGUAGUGGGCCUGAGUACGGGAAGCAGUCCUGGCCAAGGAUCAAAUUUUCCUCUUCAGGACAAAGUCAGACGAGCCAAUUCUUGUCCCGAAAUGAAAAAAGGCCCUGGACUACCAACUGCAGAAGUUAAUAUCAGUAGACCUCUUGAUGAAACUGAAGAAUUUGAAGAAAGUGAAGGACCCUCUGCUCAUAAUAACCAAAAUUUUAGAAUUCCUAAUGGAAAAACAGAUUAUGCAAGAAAUUGUGAAGAAACAUGCAGACGACUCCUGUCAGCAAGUACUCAGACAGUUGACUGGGUACCUCUUCCAUAUGAACAUUUAUUUCUUAGUGUUUUUCCUCCUAUCCUUCAAAGCUGUGAUAUGAAGUCCAGUUCUGCACCAAGCCCUGCACCAAUGCAUCACCAAACAGAUCCACCUCUUCCAAGACUGUCUCCAUAUGCUAUGGUGGAUAAAUACAUAGAAACUGUUGUUCAAGGACAAGAAGUCAAGAAACCAAAGUAUGCAGGAACUGAGACUGAAAUUAAGAUAUUAAAGGAACAAUUGGUUUUGUUAAAUAUUCAACUUCACUUUGAAAGGCAAAGGCGAGAGGUUCAUGCUGAGAGAAAUAGGAGAUUAUUGGGCAAAUCAAGAUCUAAUCGUGCACUUGAUGAACACAAUUUGGCCCUGAGAGAUCAAUUAUCACUCCUUCAAAAAGACAUUGAGAAGUUGCAUGGUGAAUUAGAUAAAGGGAAGAAGGAAACAAAAUUAAAAGAGCAACAGAUGCAAGAAUCGAUUACAUAUUGGCAAAAUCAGUGCAUUGCAGAGCAAAAGGAGUUGUUGGAAUUGAAGACUCGAUUUCAGCUGCUUCAGCAAGAGUUGAAAACUGAAGUGACAAAACAUUCAUCUUUAUUGAAGGAGAUGCAAAUUGCAGAGGCAAAACUAUUUGAUUUAGGCACAGAAAUGAAACAGGCAAUUGCACAAGUUGUUGUUGGUGAACAACUGAAAGAAAGUGUUGAACAGUUGCAAAAGAAACUACUUUUAAUGGGUGAACUUCAGCAAAGAUACCGUGAUAGAUUUUCCCAACUUUCUCUUUUGAAAUGCCCAGAUGAAGAAGUGACCGUCCUGCAAGAUUCAUAUAUUUCAGAAGUGCAAAGUCUGCAAGAGAUGUUGGAAAUUCGCAGUUCAUCUUUAGAAGCAGCAAAAACUAGAAUAGCUGAGUUGGAAACUUCACUUUGUCGAAAAGAUCAACUAAUUGCUGAACAGAAACGGGUUCUUAGGUCAUUGGAGGAAGAAUAUGAUGAUAGAUUAGAGGCUGUAGAAAACAAAUACAUUGCUCAGCGAGCUCUGAACAAAAAAAUGGAAGAACAUAUGCUUGAGCUUUUUCAUCGAUUAGACCUAGCAGAAGACAGCAAGAGAAAAGAACAGCACUCUCCUGAUAGUAGUGGCGGUUGUCAGGAAGCCAUUGUAGGUUCUGUUGAUUCGGCUGAUCGCCAUACAGGACCAUCAAGCUUCAGUCCUCAUAAUUCACCUCUUUCUCAGUCUCUGAGUUCUCCAGGUGGCCUUUCAGUGUCUGGCAUACUUGGAAGAGAUUGUGUGGAAAUGAAAAAUUUACAGGUAAUUGUGGACCAGCCAGAACGGACUGUGAGGAUACCAACCAACACUUUUGCUGGAGGUCAGUCGCAGGAGCAGAGUUCAACAAUGCAAUCUCCAGGGACAGAGCCACCAGGAAAAGGCAGUGGGCAAAUGGGGGAAGAAGGCUGAAUGCUCACUAUAUAUGAGGUACUGUUACAGUUGCAUUUGCCUUUUUUUUAGGCUGCAGUUACCAAUUUACACUGCUUGUAUCAGCACAGAUCAUGAUGAUCUUAGCCCUUCACUGAAACUAUUAAGGCUAAGUUGCUAUUUUGAGCAGUAUGAAUUGUCAAGUUCACUUAGUUGUGCCAAUUGGCCCUUCUGGCAGCCGCCUACUCAAUAGAAAAGUGGGAACAUAAUUAGUGCAUUCUUGUAGUCAAGAGUAUUACUCUUCCGAAAGAUUUGUUGUUUGUAUGAUAUAUAUUUAAAAUACAAGGAGAUGAGUGUACUAUUUUUCAUAUGUCAGCGUUCUUGUUUGUUGGCUUGAGCUCUCCUUUGUAAUUUGAUGGUGCUGCAUACAUUGUUUUGGAAAAUGAUUCCCCUUUCCUUAGAUUCUUUUCUCAAUUAUUGAGUAGAAAUUUUCUGAAGAUUCUUCAUAUCAGGGCUUUACAAAUGUUUCAUUUAAAAGAAAAGUAUGUCAAUGUACAGUAUAGUGGAAAAUGUUUUCUUUUUGUUAUGUGCAGGCUAUUCACAUUUUUGAAUUUGAAAGUGUUAUGUGCGCAUUUUUAUUUUAUUAGAAAUCUUUACAAAAAUUUAGUGGUGAAAUAAUACUCAUGAAAUUAAAUAUGAAAGCUUCAUGAAUUAAUAACUUCACUCAUUCAGUUCUUUGAAAUAUCACUGUUUGAAACGGAAAUUUUUACUCUUGAAAGGUUUUAUUAUUAAGUUUCCUUCUAUCAAGUAAUCUUCCUUGCAUCAUUUCUGCAGGGUAAUGUUCAAUGUUGUUUUUAUAUUUUAAAUUGCCAGUAUUAAGCCAUUUAGAUUGGAAAUACCUGAGCAAAAUAUAUUUCAUUGUUUCAUUUGUAUUUCAAAGUAACAUUUUAUGAUGAGUAAAACUUAAGUUCCAGGGAACCUAAAUUUGAAGCUUUCAAUAUAUAGUUUUAGGAGAGAAAAAUAUUAUUGUUGUGGCUUUAUAUAUUAUGUUCAAGAUGUACUAUUUUACAAUAAAAUGUUAUUAAUUUGAAAA